AUGGGUGAUAUGUAUAAGCUCAUUGCAAAUAUGCAAAAGACCGCAGAGAUAGCUCAAAAGAACCAUGAUGAGAGCAUCAAAGAGUUGAAGAAUCAGAAUAGAAUGUUGGAGAAUCAAGUUGCUCAACUUGCUGACACUCUAUCUCAAAGGCAACCGGGUACACUACCAGGGAAACCUACUCCGCCCCAGAAUAGAGAAAGUGCCAAUGCUAUCACUCUUAGAAGUGGCACUAAAUAUGAUGGACCCCUGAUGCCCAUUGAUGAUGCAACUCUUGCUGAGGAGAACACAGAUGGACCAGAGAAAGCAAUUGAUGCAGAGCCUCAAGUCCCAAAAGUUAAUAAUGCUGAUGAUGUUGGUGCAAAUAAGGGGAAAGAGAAGAUUUCUGAUUCUCUCCCUAUUGUGCCUAAGUUACCUUUUCCUCACCGGAUGCAGAAAACUAAGGUCGAUCAACAACUUGGUAAGUUCUUGGCAAUGGUCAAGAAUCUUGAGGUAACGGUCCCUUUUACUGAUUUAAUAUCUCAAGUUCCUGUUUAUGCAAAAUUUUUGAAAGAGAUGAUCACUAAGAAAAGGGAUUAUGGUGGUGUGGAGAGAGUCUCUCUAACCGAAGAGUGUGCAAGUGUGUCUGUCAUGCCCCUUUCUGUCUGUAAUAGGUUGAAUAUGGGGAAAUUAAAAUGCACACAAAUCACGUUGCAAAUGGCAGAUCGUUCUAUAAAGUAUCCCUUGGGUAUUUUGGAGGAUGUUCCUGUCCGGGUGGGGAAAUUCUACAUUCAUGUUGACUUUGUGGUACUAGAUAUGGAGGAGGAUAGUCAAAUCCCCAUAAUUUUGGGUAGGCCAUUCUUAUGUACUGCAGGUGCUGUUAUUGAUGUCAAGUCUGGGUCUCUUACUUUGAGUGUUGGUGAUGAUACUGUUACUUUUAAUCUAAUCAAUGAUGUGAAGUCUCCUAUGCUUGAGAAUACUUGUUGCAGGAUUGAUAUUGUAGAAGAGAUUUCUCUAGACAACAUCCCUAGAAUGUUGUAUGAUGAUCUAUUGCUGGCGACUCUUACCUUGAAGGCCAAGAAAGGAGCAGGAGAUUGUGAGAUUGAUUCCUUGAUCUCGGAUCUAGAUGGAAGUGAAGCUGAGAAGGUAGACGGUUUUGAGGUAUUGGAAACUGUUUUCUCUACUUCCGAGCCACAGGUAACGAAGGUAGAACUAAAACCAUUACCACUACAAGAAAAAGGUGUAAAUAUUGACCCAAUUACAUCGACGCUUUUAAAGAGGGUCGCAAUGAAUUUUGUACGCGAAAACAAGUAA